AUGAAUAUCUAUGACGGAGUUGGAAAGAAGUUCGAAACAACGGUGAAGCUUGCGGAAGAUGCUCCAUACGUUGCUUCAAAUCUCAUCGCUGGUAAUCACUAUUUGCUCGUGGGUUAUCCAGAUGAGAUCAAAAAGGAUGCUCCUCCAAAACCUUCGUUUCUUCCAGGCGUGAUCGCAAACGAGGACUGGAUGAAAAACGGUGACUUUGCCGGUACUUCUGAGGAAAUCCCCGGUUUUUAUGGGGUCCUACCUACACGAAAUAUGGCCAGUUUCUCGGAUUGUGUCUUAAAGAGGCUCAAUGUGACGAAUUCUUCCUGGACGAUCGAUGGAAUGUGCAUUGCUCUAUAUAGAGAAAUACGUAAAGAGUGCACAAAAUCCAAAGAUCUCUUCUUUCUCUUGGCGUAUUAUGGUGGAGAAAAUGUGCCGUUCUACGAGGAAUUGGAAUGGCACGGGCUGGGAACCUUUGGAGAAGCUGAUCCACCAAAAUGGAAGGACGAUGUGAUUUCCUUGCUGUACGAAUCAAUUGAACAAACUCCCGAGGUCAAAUCGGCAAUGAUUUGUGGGAUUAUUAAGCAUACUCAAAGUACGGAGAAAGCAAAUCAACUAUUCCAGGGAAUUCUUUCAUCUGGUGCCACUCCUUGUGUUGAGGCUUUUAAUACUUUGAUAGCAAAAUCUCAGUUUUCGGUGUCUCUCAAAUUGCUCCAAAAGAUGAAGCAUCUAUCAGUAAAACCAGAUGUAAACACAUUCAAUGCUUUACUGGAGAGCAACAUGACGGCUCCGUUAGAUAACCGCCAGAAAACGGCGAGGAAAAAUCUUGGAGAGAUGAAACUUUUAAAGAUUCAUCCCACUUUGUUUAUUUUAUUGAAUGGAAUUGUAAAAAUUCGAACAAGAGAUGUGGAUAACAAAGACUACAAGCCUAAGGAAGAUGAUUUAAAGCUUGCAAUCACCGCUUUGAAUGAGAUAAUGACUCGGAUGGUGGUGAAACGUAUGAGCCAAACCCCCUCAACGAUCAUCACUUUUUUCUCACUGCCAUGUCAAUAUAAAGUUGUGCAAUUCUACGAAUCACCAAACAACAAAGUGAAAGCCCCGGAGUUCACUUUUGAGGACAGCUUCUACAACAAAUACCUGCAGCUCUUCAUUGACACAACUGGGGAUUUAAAGGAAAUCGAGAGGGUCUACAAGGAAUAUGUUCCAAAUCGUGUCGGUGUUUCUCAUUUCCUCAUCAUCAGGCUCAUCAAUCGUCUAAAGACAAUUGGCCAUUUUGAAUUCAAUAAGAAGGAUCGCAAUCGUCUACAGCAAAAACUCAACCCGAGCACAUUAAUUGAAUGUGCAUGUCUGUUGGCAAAGAUUGGAGAGGACAAGAAGGCGUUUGACUUGUUGCAGUUGUUGGUUGAAGAGGAGGGUGUUAAGGAGAACGAAGUGCCAAAAGAAGAAGUUCAAGAAGGUCAACUGAAGAUCGGCCUCGUUAAAGAGCUCUUUGAUCACGCACUUCGACAGAAGAACACCGAUUUUACUGCUUUCAUUUUUGAGAUAAUGUCCCGUGAUAUGCCUCGAGCUCAACUCAAAUUGCAAGCCCAGCAAAUGACGGAGAGAUGUCGGCCGUUU